UAAUCGGGAAAUACACUGCGAAAACCGCAUAAUGGCUAUAUACUCGCAAACAAGCUAAAAGCAAAAAGUACCCCGCCCGUUGUUCCUGUUCUUCCUGCUCUUCCUGCUCCCGCCGUUCUUUCGUAAUGGACGGGGAGUGAGACGGAGGACACCGACACCAGCAGAAUGUCUCAGCCGCGCGGAGGACGUGGUGGACGCGGUGCUGGGGGCGCUGGCGUUGGCCGGAAGACCCCCUCAUCGCUGACCGGUCCGCCGGACGAGUCGACAACGCCGAGCGAACGGGCGACGCCCGCGAGUAAAGCCGAAUCCGAUCCCAAGGACGACAGCUCCAGCAAUGGCGACAAAAAGGAUAUGGACCUCUUUCCGGCCCCCAAGCCGCCCAGUGCCGGCGCCUCCAUACGCGACACGGCCAACAAGGUGCUCAGCCUGGCCAUGAAGAGCGAGUGGACGCCCAUCGAAGCCGAGCUCAAGAAACUGGAGAAGUAUGUGGCCAAUGUGGGGGAAGAUGGCAAUCACAUACCCCUGGCGGGAAUACACGAUAUGAAUACCGGCAUGACACCGCUGAUGUACGCAACCAAGGACAACAAGAGCGCCAUAAUGGAUCGCAUGAUUGAGUUGGGCGCCGAUGUGGGAGCUCGCAAUAAUGAUAAUUAUAAUGUGCUACAUAUUGCGGCAAUGUAUUCGCGUGAGGAUGUCGUCAAAUUGUUGCUAACAAAACGCGGCGUGGAUCCCUUCUCCACUGGUGGCUCGCGCUUUCAGACUGCGGUGCAUUUAGUGUCAAGUCGGCAGACCGGAACUGCAACAAAUAUCCUGCGCACUCUCCUCGCAGCUGCUGGCAAGGAUAUACGCGUGAAAGCAGACGGCCGUGGCAAAAUCCCAUUGCUUCUGGCCGUGGAGUCGGGCAAUCAGUCCAUGUGCAGAGAGCUGCUGUCUGCACAAACGGCGGACCAACUAAAGGCAACGACGGCCAAUGGAGACACGGCCUUGCAUUUGGCCGCCAGACGGCGGGACGUGGACAUGGUCCGGAUCCUGGUCGAUUACGGCACCAACGUGGACACGCAGAACGGGGAGGGCCAGACCCCGCUGCACAUCGCGGCCGCCGAGGGCGAUGAGGCUCUACUCAAGUACUUCUAUGGCGUGCGUGCCUCAGCGUCCAUUGCGGACAAUCAAGAUCGCACUCCGAUGCACUUGGCCGCCGAGAAUGGGCAUGCGCAUGUCAUCGAAAUACUGGCGGACAAAUUCAAGGCGAGCAUCUUCGAGCGCACCAAGGAUGGCAGCACACUGAUGCACAUUGCAUCACUCAAUGGCCAUGCUGAGUGCGCCACGAUGCUCUUCAAGAAGGGUGUCUACCUCCACAUGCCCAACAAGGACGGAGCCCGAAGCAUACACACCGCCGCCGCCUACGGACACACCGGCAUCAUCAACACCCUGCUGCAGAAGGGCGAGAAGGUGGACGUCACCACGAAUGACAACUAUACGGCCCUGCACAUAGCCGUGGAGUCGGCCAAGCCUGCCGUCGUGGAGACGCUGCUGGGAUUUGGCGCCGAUGUCCAUGUUCGUGGCGGGAAGCUUCGGGAGACGCCGCUGCAUAUUGCAGCGCGAGUGAAGGACGGAGAUCGCUGUGCCCUCAUGCUGCUGAAGUCGGGCGCCAGUCCGAAUCUCACGACCGACGACGCCCUUACCCCCGUCCAUGUGGCAGCCAGUCAUGGAAAUCUGGCCACGCUAAUGCAGCUGCUGGAGGACGGAGGAGAUCCAUUGUACAAGUCCAAUACGGGCGAGACCCCCCUGCAUAUGGCGUGCCGAUCGUGCCAUCCGGAGAUCGUGCGGCACCUCAUCGAGACGGUGAAGGAGAAGCACGGCCCGGACAAGGCCACCACGUACAUUAAUUCCGUGAACGACGACGGCGCCACGGCGCUGCACUACACUUGCCAAAUUACCAAGGAGGAGGUGAAGAUGCCGGAGUCGGACAAGCAGAUCGUGGCCAUGCUCCUGGAGAACGGAGCGGACGUGACGCUGCAGACGAAGACGGCCCUGGAGACGGCCUUCCACUACUGCGCCGUGGCGGGCAACAACGAUGUGCUGAUGGAGAUGAUCUCGCACAUGAAUCCCACGGACAUCCAGAAGGCGAUGAACCGGCAGUCGUCGGUGGGCUGGACGCCGCUGCUGAUCGCCUGCCACCGGGGACACAUGGAGCUGGUCAACAACCUUUUAGCGAAUCACGCCAGAGUCGAUGUAUUUGACACCGAGGGCCGAUCGGCCCUGCACCUGGCCGCCGAGCGGGGCUACCUGCACGUCUGCGACGCCCUGCUAACGAACAAGGCCUUCAUCAAUUCGAAGUCUCGCGUGGGCCGCACCGCGCUCCACCUGGCCUCGAUGAACGGGUUCACGCACCUGGUCAAGUUCCUCAUCAAGGACCACAACGCGGUGAUCGACAUCCUGACGCUGCGCAAGCAGACGCCCCUGCACUUGGCGGCGGCCAGCGGCCAGAUGGAGGUCUGCCAGCUGCUGCUCGAGCUGGGGGCCAACAUCGAUGCGACGGACGACCUGGGGCAGAAGCCCAUCCAUGUCGCCGCGCAGAACAACUACUCUGAAGUGGCCAAACUCUUCCUGCAGCAGCAUCCGUCGCUGGUGAACGCGACGAGCAAGGACGGCAACACCUGUGCCCACAUUGCCGCCAUGCAGGGAUCUGUGAAGGUGAUCGAGGAGCUGAUGAAGUUCGAUCGGUCUGGCGUGAUCUCGGCUAGAAAUAAGUUGACCGAUGCCACGCCCUUGCAGCUGGCUGCCGAGGGCGGGCAUGCGGAUGUGGUCAAGGCCCUGGUCCGUGCCGGUGCCUCCUGCACCGACGAAAACAAGGCGGGCUUCACAGCCGUCCAUCUGGCAGCCCAGAACGGACACGGACAGGUGCUGGACGUGCUUAAAAGCACCAACUCCCUGAGGAUCAACAGCAAGAAGCUGGGUCUAACGCCCCUCCACGUGGCUGCGUACUACGGACAAGCGGACACGGUCCGAGAACUCCUCACGAGUGUCCCCGCCACGGUGAAAUCGGAGACCCCCACGGGGCAGUCUCUGUUCGGGGACCUGGGCACGGAGUCGGGCAUGACGCCCCUCCAUCUGGCUGCCUUCUCGGGCAACGAGAACGUGGUGCGACUGCUCCUCAACUCGGCGGGCGUUCAGGUUGAUGCGGCGACAACGGAAAACGGCUACAAUCCACUUCAUUUGGCUUGCUUCGGCGGACACAUGUCAGUGGUUGGUUUGCUUCUGAGUCGGUCGGCGGAACUCCUCCAAUCAACGGAUAGGAAUGGCCGCACUGGCCUGCACAUCGCUGCCAUGCACGGCCACAUCCAGAUGGUGGAGAUUCUGCUCGGACAGGGCGCGGAGAUAAAUGCAACCGAUCGCAACGGUUGGACGCCACUGCAUUGUGCUGCCAAAGCCGGUCACUUGGAGGUGGUGAAGCUGCUGUGCGAGGCCGGUGCCUCGCCCAAGUCUGAGACGAACUAUGGCUGCGCGGCCAUCUGGUUCGCCGCCUCCGAGGGCCACAACGAGGUGCUGCGCUACCUCAUGAACAAGGAGCACGACACCUACGGCCUCAUGGAGGACAAGCGCUUCGUCUACAAUCUGAUGGUUGUGUCCAAGAACCACAACAACAAGCCCAUCCAAGAGUUCGUGUUGGUGUCGCCCGCACCAGUGGAUACGGCCGCCAAGCUAUCCAACAUUUACAUGGUUCUAUCCACAAAGGAAAAAGAGCGAGCCAAAGAUCUGGUGGCUGCUGGCAAGCAAUGCGAGACGAUGGCCACCGAACUCCUGGCUCUGGCUGCUGGCUCCGAUUCAGCGGGGAAGAUCCUGCAGGCCACCGACAAACGCAAUGUGGAGUUUCUCGACGUCCUCAUAGAGAACGAGCAGAAGGAGGUCAUUGCCCACACGGUGGUCCAGCGAUAUCUUCAAGAACUCUGGCACGGCUCCCUGACCUGGGCCUCCUGGAAGAUCAUGCUGCUGCUGGUGGCCUUCAUCGUGUGUCCGCCCGUCUGGAUCGGCUUCACCUUCCCCAUGGGCCACAAGUUCAACAAGGUGCCCAUCAUCAAGUUCAUGUCGUACCUCACCUCGCACAUUUACCUCAUGAUCCACCUGAGCAUCGUGGGCAUCACGCCCAUCUAUCCGGUGCUGCGGCUCAGCCUGGUCCCCUACUGGUACGAGAUCGGGCUGCUCAUCUGGCUGAGCGGACUGCUGCUCUUCGAGCUGACGAAUCCCUCGGACAAGUCGGGUCUGGGGUCCAUCAAGGUGCUGGUCCUGCUGCUGGGCAUGGCCGGGGUGGGCGUGCACGUGGCCGCCUUUGCGUUCGUGUCGAAGGAGUACUGGCCCACGAUGGUGUACUGUCGGAACCAGUGCUUCGCCCUGGCCUUCCUGCUGGCCUGCGUCCAGAUCCUCGACUUCCUGUCCUUCCACCACCUGUUCGGGCCCUGGGCCAUCAUCAUUGGCGAUCUGCUGAAGGAUCUGGCCCGCUUUCUGGCCGUGCUGGCCAUCUUCGUGUUCGGCUUCUCCAUGCACAUAGUGGCCCUGAAUCAGUCCUUUGCCAACUUCUCGCCGGAGGAUCUGCGCAGCUUCGAGAAGAAGAACCGCAACCGGGGCUACUUCAGUGACGUGCGCAUGCAUCCGAUAAACUCGUUCGAGUUACUGUUCUUCGCCGUGUUCGGUCAGACGACGACCGAGCAAACGCAAGUUGACAAAAUCAAAAAUGUAGCCACGCCCACUCAACCGUAUUGGGUUGAGUAUCUGUUCAAAAUUGUGUUUGGCAUUUACAUGUUGGUGUCGGUGGUUGUCCUAAUUAACCUGCUGAUUGCUAUGAUGUCAGACACCUAUCAACGAAUCCAGGCACAAUCCGACAUCGAGUGGAAAUUUGGCUUGUCAAAGCUUAUACGCAAUAUGCAUCGCACCACAACAGCGCCCUCGCCGCUUAAUUUAGUUACCACCUGGUUUAUGUGGAUCGUCGAGAAGGUCAAGGCACGCAUGAAGAAAAAGAAGCGUCCAAGUCUGGUCCAGAUGAUGGGAAUACGUCAGGCCAGUCCCCGCACCAAGGCCGGCGCCAAGUGGCUAUCGAAGAUCAAGAAAGGUGAGACAAACUCGGUGGCACUGUCGCAGGUGCAUUUGUCGCCGCUGGGAUCGCAAGCCAGCUUCUCACAGGCCAAUCAGAACCGCAUCGAGAACGUGGCCGACUGGGAGGCCAUUGCCAAGAAGUAUCGGGCGCUGGUGGGCGACGAGGAGGGCGGCUCCCUCAAGGACUCGGAUGCGGAGAGCGGAUCCCAGGAGGGCGGCGGGGGUCAGCAGCCGCCGGCACAGGUCUAAGCUUCACUUCACUUCACUCCACUGUCUACUGUCUACUGUCUUCUCUCUUCCAACUAUCCAUCCUUCCGCCACCAACUUCUCUCUAUCUCUUCUCGACUAUCCAACCGCCUGUACUGUCUGUCUGUCCUGUACUGUACUCCUAAGCCCUAACCCUAACUCUAAGCGAACCUACUGCUAAGCCGCACUGACCCUAAGUUAAGCUUCACCUUCCUAUGGCCUUAAGGUAAACUAAUUUAGCUAGAAUAUUGAAAUUGUUUUGGGUAACCUGCGAAGCGCCUUAUCAGAUUAGUUCAUUUUAAUUUUGGAUAUCAUUUCUACGACAAUUAUUGUAUGAAUGAUGAACAACAAAACAAGUUUUCCAUAUUCGAGAUUUUUGAAAUAAGUCAAUUUUAUUAGUCCUUUUUGGACUUACGGUAGCCCUAUCCAGGCAUCCAUCCAUUUUGCCCGACUCUUUGAACAAACUCCUAGCAUUUUGUACUAAGCUGAAUCCGACGAUGAGCGAUCGAACAUAGCUAAUAAUUAUCUUAGUCUGUAAGUAUCUAACUUUAGCUUCAAUCGGAGUUUAGUCGAACCAAACCAAACCGUUUUAUAUCUAAAUACCGCCUGAUCUCUCAUUGUUUUCCCCGUAAUUGUCCAGAAAAUAUAAAUUUCGUAAUUACUAAGCUUGAUUCAUUUUGUAUAAGAAACC